AUGUUGCAGACUCUUGGUCUAAAGUCAGAUGAUAAAUCUAGGCUCACAAAAGCAGUUAUGGAGGUGUUUCCAGGUUGUAAAUUGUCAAGACGUCUCGUACAUUUAAGUGAUACAACUACAUGUAGAGAAACCAUUUAUUCUAAAAUCAUUAGAAGGUAUUCUUUUCCAAAUAUGUUGUUUCCAGAAAACAGUGGUGUUGAUAACAUUAAGAAGGCUAUAAGAAGGCUGCAAGAGGAACAGCAAACUGUCAGCAAUGAGAUGGAAAAUGAGAUGUCAAAGAAGGAAGACCAAUGGAAUACUGGUUAUAGCCGUCAAAAGUUGACCAAUGAUUUUAAAACAUUAUUUACAUUGUUAUGUAUCUUUUAUGGUGCUGGGAAGAGGUUUGUGGAAUUGCUUAACCAUGUUGGACUGACAGUUAGCUGGAAAAAAGCGAUGCAAGUUCUGGAUCAAAGAAUGAUCAAAAUGAAAGAAAAAAUUAAAAAACUUACACCAACUGACAUUGCCAUAAUUUUACUAAUGGACAAUAUCAACAUUUACAAGGGUAAACGAAAGCACUUACGGAUUUUUAAAGAAAUAACACCAUCCAUGUGGAAUUUUACAGGGAGAGCUAUCAUCAUUCCGUUUGUAUCGGACAAUGUUAAAAUGCAACUAAAAAGUAGCGUGAUUCACUACAAAGCCAAAAAGAUGUUCUGA